CAAAUCAUGUGAUUCAAAUUACUAAUUUUAUUUAUCACAAACGUAAACAAAAACAAUAACACUUGAGAUCAAAUGAUAAGUGCGCGUAACUUUUAUCCUUGUAACCGUUUUUUAUCUUACUUAAAACUGAUACCCUCAAAAAGUUUUGGGACAGUUUAAAAUAUGACAUAAUAUCACGCGAAUACUCUUCCCAUUGUAGGUUCAAUGUAGCAUAAAUAAUUUUCCACUUCUAAAAUUUACAGCACUGUACUAUACAAUUUGGAGCUGUAAUACUUUACACAAUGGCAGAAUAUCAUUAUUCUAAUCGGAACAACAUACAAAAUUUGAGAUGUCCUGGUUACUACUGUGGUCGGCGUGAGUUAGGAAACGGACUUUUUAGUGAUUGUGGUUCUUGUCCCUCAGGUACAAGAGUUAAUGUUAAUCUGUCCUAUAUUUGUCAACUGUGCACCGAUACACCUUCUCCAUACGAUUUAAUGUACCUCUUGUUCAUGGCUGCUGUUCCCUUGUUAUUCCAUACUGUAUAUAUAGAUUUAUCUCUAUCGUCAAUAUCAUGGGCGUCUCAAGUUAAAAGUGGCAGGAAAAAAACUAAAACAAUAAUGAUUUUAAAUAUAUCAGCAAUAUUAGAAGUAAUUAUUGCAGCGGUUACUACAGUCUUAGCUGUGGACCCUAUGGGUGAAUUAGUUAUUCAGUCAUGUCGUACUAAAUGGCUAUCCGACUGGUAUACAGUGUUGUAUAACCCAACACCAUAUUAUCUUGAAUCUUUACGAUGCACUCAAGAAGCUGUUUAUCCAUUAUACUCCAUGAUUUUUAUAUUUUAUUUUGCUUGUAUUAUUGUUUUGCUCACUGUGCGUCCUUUAUUGUGCGCUUAUUUCAGUCUUAAUUGUGGGGCAUAUUUGAAAACAGUGUAUGCUGGACUAUAUUUUUUCCCUAUUGCAGCUGUAAUUCAUGCGUUUCUUGGUGGUAUUGUUUAUGUUACAUUCCCUUACAUUGUGAUUGUCGUAUCUGUUAUAUCGAGUGCCAUUCAUUUUGCUUCUGAAAUUAAUCAGUCUGCUAAGCAUUUGAUCAAACAUACCGUAUGUGUUCCAAGAAACAUACUGAUUGUAGCUAUACAUUGGGUCAGUCAUGGAUUUGGUAUUAUCGCCAUCACUCAGUUGGCAAACCCAUCCAUUGACUAUGCCUUGUUGUUACUUAUUCCACUACCAACUAUUUUCUAUAUAGCUACCACAAGAUUGAGUGAGCCUUCGAAAAUUCUUGUAUUAUGACUAAUAAACUAAUUGUUAAAGUAAAUUUAAAGUAUACAUUUUGUUAAAUUGUGUUUUAUACUGUAUAUAAAU